AAACCCUAACCUAAACCCCUCAUUUACUGCCUCCUUCCGUUUUCACUCAAAACCCUCUCUUCCUCCUGCUCAAAACCCCACUGCAAACUUUUCCUCCUCACUCCGUUUCCCACCGACUGAAUCUUUUUUGCUCCUAAUUGUUGUUAGGGUUUACUUAUACACUAUCUAUUUCAUCUUCCUUUAAUCUAUAUUUGUUCGCAAUUUUGUUUUCUGUUUGUUUGAUUUUUUGCAGGUAAAAGAUGUCGAUUGACGGUAGUUUUAGUCUCGAAUCGGCUCUCAGGAGGUUUCUUUAUCGUUGCCCUAAGCUUACAUCACACCCUGGAUUACAAUCUCUCAUACAAAGGGGGGAUAGGGUGUCGGAGAAGGAUGUAGUGAGUGAGAUAGCGGAGUUGUUUAUUGACCCGAAUUAUACUAUUCCAGUAAUGGGUUGUUUUAGGCCAAUUGCUUUGAAAGUUGUUGCCAAAGCUGUGGAGUUAUUGCGGCCAUUUGGUCCGAAAUUGGUGAGGGAUUCUGAUUCUGAUGUUAUGAUGAUGGAUGUUGAAGGUGUAGAGAGAGUAUUGUCUAUUGAGGAUUAUGUUAGGAAGGGGAAUGGUUUGGAGCUUCACGAACUUGCUUGCUUGGCGUUCUGUCGUGCGCUUGAUUUAGCACCUUUUUUACUCGGGACUGUUUUAACUUAUUUCAAAUUUGCUCCACCUCCCUUUCAACGGAUUUUGACAGUAGAUUUGGGCGCACGACUAACAGAACAGGAUGGAACUCAUUUGCUGGAUGCCAUUCGUGCAUCAUUACGUUUCCUUAAUGUAGAACCUCGGAUCUUUUCUGAAAGUUGGGAUUGGUCUUCUUUAUUAGACCUUGUACAGCAAUCCAUAAUCGUUGAAUCAAGCAAUACCAAUAUUGUUGUUGAUAUAAGAUGGUGUACAGCACAGAUAUUAUCUAUUAUUUUGAAAUUGAACGAUAGAGCAACCGAAAAGUUUGGUCUGGUUGCAGAAGACGCUCUUGGAUGCUUAUUACGUUGGGAAGAGUUUUGUCGUGAUGUAUCACUAGAAAAGCUUGGAUGGUUCCUUCUCGAACCUGAAGAGGUCUGUGAUAUUGAAGGGAGCAAUAAUUUCAAUCUGGAGCGUUGUUUGCAGUCUUUUGUGCAUAGGGCUCUGACGAAGUGCUCGUCAAGCUCUGGUCAAGUGGAGGCUUCACCUAGAAAGAACAGAAGGGUUGUGAAAUCGGUAGAUAGCCACUUUCAUUUGACCUCUACUCUUAGGAAGAGCUAUGAGAUGGUCCUCCUAGCAGUUAGUCGGAGGUGGCCCAUACUUCUGUAUGGUCCUGUUAGUGCUGGAAAGACAGCAUUGAUCAAUGAGUUGGCUGAACAGAGUGGAAAUCAAGUUCUUUCAAUUCACAUGGAUGAACAAAUGGAUGGCAAAACUCUGAUCGGGAGUUAUAUAUGUACGGAGCAGCCUGGUGAAUUCCGAUGGCAGCCGGGUUCUCUUACUCAGGCUCUUCUGAAUGGACUCUGGGUAGUGUUCGAGGACUUCGAUAAAGCACCAUCAGAUGUACAAAGUGUUCUUUUACCUCUACUGGAAGGUGCAAGUACAUUCGUAACUGGUCGUGGGGAGGCAAUCAGUGUGGCACCUAGCUUUCGGUUGUUUGCUACAAUAUCAGUUUCAAAGGAUGAUAUUUCUCACAGUUCAGGAAGGAUAUCGUCUGGCGGUCUUUGGCGAAGAGUAUUAAUUGGACCACCUAAUAAUAAAGAUCUAUUAGAUAUAGUAAAAAAACGGUAUCUCCAAUUAGAUGAUACUGUUGCAGAAAGGAUUAUAGAAACUUUCAAAGCUGUAAAUGUUGUUGCUUCACAGCAAAUCGGAGGAUUUCAAUCUAUCAACAGGUUUUCCUUAAGGGAUCUAUUGAAAUGGUGCGAAAGAAUUACAGGGUUAGGAUUCAGCUUUGUGGGGGGAAUUAGUUUGACAGUUCAUGAAUGCAAAAGUAUCUAUCAAGAGGCAGUAGAUAUUUUUGCAGCUUCCUCAGCUUUUUGUGAAAACCGCAUAGCAAUAAAGAAGGAAAUUGCAGAGAUUUGGGGGGUAUCAGUGGCUGAGGCUGAAACUUUAUAUCCUCCUAAUAAGAUUAUCAUUCAGGAUAACCGAUCGGAGUUACGAGUUGGAAGAGUUAUCCUCAAACUUACUCAGCCUGUGGUACGAAAAUUGAAACCGUUCGUUGGUCUACGUACUUCGUUGCAUGUCCUUGAGAAGAUAGCUUGCUCUGUCAAGUACAAUGAGCCUGUUCUGCUAGUUGGUGAAACUGGUACUGGGAAAACUACGCUUGUACAGAGUCUAGCUGUGAGGCUGGGUCAGCCGCUUACUGUCUUGAAUCUAAGCCAGCAAAGUGAUGUUGCCGAUUUAUUAGGUGGGCUUAAGCCUAUAGAUCCCCAGUUCAUUUGCAUCCCUCUCUAUAAUGAAUUCAUCGAGCUGUUCUCAAAAACAACAUCUUUGAAGGUAAAUAAAAUUUUUAUCGAUCGUUUGCGAAGCCUUCGAGAUGCAAAGAAUUGGAGAAAGCUGCUACAGGUUAUACAAUCAAGGCUUCAGAAAGCUCCUCCUGUAGAUUGUGAAGACGGAUCAUCUGGAAAACGGAAAAAAGGGUUACCUGAUGAUGUAGUUCAGGCCUGGGGAAGUUUUCUUGUUAAACUUGACAGUGCUCGUAAGCAGAUUGAUUCUUCGUCUGGCAUGGCUUUUUCGUUUGUUGAAGGGGCUUUUAUUACUGCACUUAGAAAAGGCCAUUGGAUUUUACUUGAUGAAAUUAAUUUAGCUCCUCCAGAGACAUUGCAAAGAGUUCUUGGUGUUCUAGAGGGAGAAAGUGGCUCACUUUGUUUAGCUGAAAGAGGUGAUAUUGAUUAUAUAGAGCGUCAUUCGAACUUCCGCAUAUUUGCUUGUAUGAAUCCUGCUACUGAUGCUGGGAAACGUGAUUUACCAUACAUGUUAAGGAGUAGAUUUUCAGAAUAUUUUGUUGAUGAAGUGUUAAAUGAUGAUGAUUUGACACUCUUUAUCAAUCAAUACUUGGAUGAGAGCCACAAACAGUUGGUGAGCAAAAUAGUUAGUUUCUAUAAGUCAGCCAAGGAAAAAUCUGUAGAAAUGCUGCAAGAUGGUGCCAAUCAGAAACCCCAGUUCAGUUUGAGGUCUCUCUACCGUGCAUUGGAAUUUACGAGGGAGGCAGGAAAGAAGUUUGGCUUUCUACGAGCUCUUUAUGAUGGAUUUUGCAUGUUUUUUCUUACCUUACUGGAUGGACCUAGUGCAGAACUCAUGAAAAAAAUGAUUGUUUCAUGUUUGCUAGGAAAUGAUACUAAGCUUCCAGAUCUUCCCUUUCGUCAGUACUUGGCGAGUGGAUCAGAGUCUGCUGGGCCGCAUUCCACGUUUGCUGAGAAUUAUGUUCUUACGGCAAGUGUUGAAGAACAUCUAAAGAACCUUGCACGUGCUGUUUUCAUUAAGAAAUAUCCAGUCCUUUUACAGGGACCUACUUCUAGUGGUAAAACAAGCCUUGUGCAUUAUCUUGCUUCAAUUACUGGCCAUAAGUUUGUUCGCAUUAAUAACCAUGAGCAUACUGAUCUACAAGAAUAUCUGGGUUCGUACGUUACUGAUGCUCAUGGAAAGCUUGUGUUUCAAGAAGGUGUUCUGGUUCAGGCUGUUCGUAACGGAUCUUGGAUAGUUUUGGAUGAACUUAACCUGGCCCCUUCGGAUGUGCUAGAAGCAUUGAAUCGAUUAUUAGAUGACAACCGAGAACUUUUUGUUCCAGAAUUGCAGGAAGCUAUUCGGCCGCAUGAAGAUUUUAUGCUGUUUGCCACUCAGAACCCACCGACAGUCUAUGGCGGGCGUAAAAUGCUAUCAAGGGCUUUCCGAAAUCGGUUUGUGGAGAUCCACGUUGACGAAAUUCCAGAUGGCGAGCUGAGUGAAAUAUUACAUCAUAGAUGUAAAAUCCCGAAAAGUCGUGCCGAUAAAAUGGUUGAAGUUAUGAAGGAGUUGCAAUUGCAUAGGCAGAACAGAAAGAUUUUUGCUGGAAAACAUGGUUUUAUAACACCGAGAGACCUGUUCCGUUGGGCUGACCGCUUCAGACAAUCGAAGAGUGAUUCUCUCGAAGAUUUAGCGAAGGAUGGGUAUUUAGUCCUUGCUGAACGGUUGAGAGAUGAAAGCGAGAAAAAUAUUGUUCUAGAAGUUCUGCAGAAACAGCUUCGCGUGAAACUUGACAUGGACAACCUGUAUGGGCAGGAAAUGGCUAAAGAAUCAGAGCAUAUCAACAGUAUUUCGUGGACCCAAAGUAUGAGGCGUCUGUAUUUUCUUGUUAAGCGUUGCUAUGAGAUGCGUGAGCCGGUCCUCCUAGUUGGUGAGACUGGUGGUGGAAAGACUAGAGUUUGCCAGUUAUUGAGCGAGAUUUUGAAGUCCAAGUUGCACAUUUUAAACUGCCAUCAGCAUACAGAGACAUCAGACUUCCUUGGUGGUUUCUACCCUUUGCGUGAUAGAUCCAAGUUGAUGAAUGACUUCCGAAAAUUGGUGGAGCAACUAAUGAUCUCAAAUGUCAUCCUUCAUUUUCCUGGCUCCGUAUCAUUAACUUGUGACAUUGCUGAAGCUCCUUCGACGUUUGAUCAGCUCAACUUGAUUAUAAGUAGUUACAGAAAAAGGCAGGUGUCGCAUCCGGAUGUCACGGAGGAUGAUCUUCUAAAAUUUGAGCAAACUAUAAUGGGUGACAUGGGUCUUAUUGAUAUGCAUCAGAAAUGGCAGACUAUAUUUUCAUGGCAAGAUGGGCCACUUAUAGAAGCUAUGGAGGGUGGCCACCUAUUUCUCAUUGACGAAAUUUCGUUGGCUGAUGACAGUGUCCUUGAAAGAUUGAACAGUGUUUUGGAGCCGGAAAGGAAAUUGUUUUUGGCAGAGAAAGGGGGGCCAAAUUUGGAGAGCAGAACGGCGGAUGGGAACUUUUUCCUUCUUGCUACAAUGAAUCCAGGUGGUGAUUAUGGCAAGAAGGAGUUGUCUCCCGCUCUCCGGAAUCGAUUCACUGAGAUAUGGGUCCCUUCUGUUAGUAGCCCAGGUGAACUACAGCUUAUAGCUGUACAGAAACUUCAUGAUCAAGCAAUAUUUCUUAAAGAUCCACUGGUAAAAUUUUGGGGAUGGUUCAACCAGUUGCAAAUGGGGAGAUCACUUACUAUAAGAGACCUUUUAUCUUGGGUUGAUUUUAUCAACGUAUCUGAGGAGAGUCUUGGACCUAACUAUGCAUUCCUACAUGGGGCAUUCCUUGUUUUGCUUGAUGGUCUUAGUUUGGGAACUAGUAUGUCUAUGAACAAUGCAGCAGAGCUGAGGGAGAAAGCCCUCAUUUUUCUUGUUGAUUCUCUGAAGACUUUAAACAGGGGAGAUUUUCCAAUUCCAAAACUGGAAAACUUCGGGUGGGGUGAGUUUGGAGAUACUUCGGAUAGUAUUCCCAGUGACAGUCUGCAACCUGACCAUUCCUUCGGUAUCAACUCCUUUUACAAAAGUGAGGGGUUCCAGUUCCUAGCUCCAACAACUCGUAGGAAUGCAUCCCGUGUAUUGCGAGCAAUGAAGCUUUCGAAACCUGUCUUAUUGGAGGGCAGCCCAGGUGUUGGGAAAACAAGUUUAAUUGUUGCGCUUGGGAAGUAUUUAGGGCAUAAUGUUGUGCGAAUAAACCUCUCUGAACAGACAGAUAUGAUGGAUUUGUUGGGGUCAGAUUUUCCAAAUGAAGACGAGGGAUUUGCUUGGUCUGAUGGGAUCCUUCUUCAAGCUCUAAGAAAUGGGGAUUGGGUUUUGUUGGAUGAACUCAAUCUUGCUCCACAAUCUGUCUUAGAGGGAUUGAAUGCUGUACUUGACCACCGUGCCGAGGUUUUUAUCCCAGAGCUAGGGCUUACUGUCAAGUGUCCACCAUCUUUCAGACUCUUUGCUUGCCAAAAUCCUUCAUCACAGGGUGGAGGAAGAAAGGGGCUUCCAAAAUCCUUUCUUAACCGUUUCACAAAGGUUUAUGUGGAUGAGUUGGUGAAGGAGGACUAUCUUCACAUCUGUAAGAAACUACAUCCAGGGAUCAAAGAAUCAUUACUUUCGAAUUUGAUCGACUUCAAUAAGAGGGUAUAUGAAGACACCAUGCUAACUCAUAAGUAUGGUCAAGAUGGUUCUCCCUGGGAGUUUAACCUGCGCGAUGUCAUCCGGUCGUGCCAGAUUAUAGAAAAUGCACCUGAAAAAUCAAAAGCAGAUUGUUUUCUGAAUGCGGUCUAUGUCCAGAGAAUGCGUACAGCAGCUGAUCGUCGGGAAGUCAUAAAACUCCAUGAAGAGGUUUUUGAGAUGAAGGCAUUUAUUAAUCCCUACCCGCAAGUUCUUGUCAACCCACAAAACUUAAUUGUGGGGAACUCAGUUUUUGAGAGAAACCAUUUUCAGCCGUCUGCAGUUACAAAAGAUGAGCUUCAUAUAUUACCUGGUAUUCGUUCCAGCUUGGAAUCAGCCUUGAAUUUCAUUCAAUAUCAGUGGUUGUGUAUCUUGGUGGGUCCAUCAUCAUCUGGUAAAACUGCACUUGUUAGGCUACUAUCUCAGCUUACGGGAAAUGUUCUGAACGAAUUAAAUCUUUCAUCUGCAACUGACAGUUCUGAAUUGCUUGGGUGCUUUGAACAAUAUAAUGCUUUUCGGAACUUUCGAUCAGCUAUCGCUCAGGUUGAGAAGUACAUUGACGAGUAUUGCAGUGUGAGUUUGGAUUCUACAAUAGAGGCUCUUAUAAGUGACAGAAAGAGAUUGGUCUCGAGGUGGUCCUCUUUCUUAUUAAGCCUAAAUUUUACCCCGUUGUCAGCUUCUGUUGCUGCUUACAGCGAGUAUCAAAAGAAUGAUCUAUGCAACUCGCUGGGUACACUGGUGCAGAUAAUUGAAGAAUUGAAACUGGGUAUGGAGAAGUAUCAGCUUUCUGUAUCCUGGUCAUUCAUGGAUUUGGAUAUAUCUCUGAAAGCUAUUUUGGACUUGCAAGAAAAUAACAAGAAACAUGUAUUUUCGGCUAAGUUUGAAUGGGUCACGGGGUUACUAAUUAAGGCUAUCGAGUGUGGAGAAUGGGUCGUUUUGGAGAACGCAAAUCUUUGCAAUCCCACGGUUCUCGAUAGGAUCAACUCUCUCGUGGAGCCGAGCGGAACGAUAACUGUCAAUGAAUGCGGUCUUGUUGAUGGGAAACCAGUGGUGCUUCAUCCUCACUCCAAAUUCAGACUAUUCCUUACCGUUAACCCAAGGUACGGAGAAAUUUCAAGGGCAAUGAGAAACCGAGGGGUAGAAAUAUUCAUGAUGCCACCUUAUUGGAUAUAUGACGGGAUAAAAGGAUAUAACUUGAAAGAAAAUGAGAUGAGAGAUGUGCAGAGGUUUUUAGUUCUUUCUGGUAUUCCAAUAUCUAAGUUUGUUGAUGCAAUGGCUGAGGCACAUUUAUUUGCAAGAGAUGUCGGUUUAACACUUGGAGUGCAAAUUACACUUCUUGAGCUUAAACGCUGGGUUCAGUUAUUCCGGCACCUACUCAUGAAUGGAAAUAGAUCUUUGUGGAGCCUCCAUAUAAGUUGGGAGCAUACUUACAUGUCCUCCUUAAGUGAGUCUGAGGGGAAAGAUGCUGUUGAACAUGCGAAGGUUUCUUAUUUGUCUCCUUCUAAAUUAUCUGAAGUGGAUGCCUUUUUGGGGCGUUCUUUGCCCGGAGGGUGGCCAACCCCGUUCAAGUUGAGGGAUUUAGCAUCAUACUCACGAGAAGUUUCUACAAAGCAGAAUUGCAUGUAUUUGGAAUUUCUAGGGGCUCAAUGUGCUUCUUAUGGCCAAAGCAAAACCUUAACGAGUCAAGCUGGUGCUUCUGGAGAUAUCACCAAGCAAAAUCCGUCCUGUGUUCCUCUUCGUAUGUUACAACAUGUUUUAUUUCCUAUUGCUUCAGAUAAGUUGGCUGAUAGAUGCGAGAUUGGGAGAUAUGAUGCUGCACUUGCUAAUAAGAUGCUCUUUUUUGCCGCUAAUUGGAUGGUUGAACAGACAUCUGCAAGUGAUCUUAGCCUCUAUAAGUUUUUGCUGAGUUGGUAUGACUCCCAGUUCAAAUCCCACUGCAGCUUCUUCAGAUCUUUUCUGAGAAUACUUGACAAAGAAUUAAGUCAUCCUAUUUGGAAGUGUGUUCUUGAUUGUCAAAGAAUUAAGUCAUCUGGCAAAACUAAUGUUAUUGUGCAACCCCUCCCUUUGAAGUUGGCAGGUAGCUUGGGCUCAACUGAGCCAAAUGAAGGGCGACUCUUCAAGGCUAUACGUAGUAUACGCUUAUUAAGGAUUAGCUGGCUUCAAUGGGAUGCGGAGGAUGAAUAUGAAUUCAGUGAAGAGGAGGCGGAUUUCAUUCAUUGUCUACGGGUGUUGGAGAAGGAGGUCCUUGAUAAUCUCAUAGACUCUUUUCAUUUUGAUGAGCUAAGUUUGUUAUAUACAAAUCUUCUUGAGGAUCACAUAUCAUUUUGUCAUGGGAUCACUGCAUCCCGGUUGGAGUGCUUGGUUUUGUCGUUGCGUACAAUAAAGAAGGAUGUUUUAAAAUUGCAGCAAAUCUUCCCAACAAAAUCAGUGGGCACCUUGUUGGUGAAGUUUAGGGCUUUGGUUAAAGCAUCGCCAUGGAGUGUUAACUUCCCUAAGUCAAUGUUAUGGGUUCAUGGUGGUCAUCCUUUUUUGCCAUCCUCUGCUGAAAUAUAUUCAAAAGUCCGCCAGGUUUUGCAUUUGUGUGAAGUAAUUUGGCCAACAAAGACAAAAGCAUGGAAGCCGUUAAUUUCUGAUGAUGUUUAUAGUACUACAGUUGUAUCUGCAGAUAAAGAACUUCGAACCCUUGCAAUGCAAGGUGUUUGCAUGUCGUCGUAUUUUACUGCAAAAGAUGAUCAAGACGACGCCCACAUUGUUAAACAGUUGGAGGAGAUGCAUCAUAUGCUUAAUGGAAGGUUUGAAUUUGAGAAGCGCAAGAUGGAGUCUGCUUUAUUGCCUAAAGCCCAAACCUUCACUGGAAAUUCAGUUGACUGUUGUGUUUUCUGUCCUGAAUUAUUAUGUAGCGAGCCUUUUUACAAUAGUUGGAGGGAAACCCUUCCUCUCUGUGAUGCGACCAGUUAUUCUCUUGACAGAGAUCUUCUCCAGAAUUUGUCAAGAAUCAUCUUAGUUGAUGAAGAAGAACUAUAUCUGGCUUUGUCUGAUACUUCCAAGCAUCUCCAGCGUGCCUUAGACUACUCUCUGGAAUUCUCUUCAAGAUGUCCUACAGAUUUUGUUCCACAUAAAACAAUUCUGUGGACGUUGGAUGCCUGGGAGUCGGUGGAUUUGGUGAAAAGGAAAGUGGCUACUUAUAUCCUUGACAUGUGGUUUAAGUGGCACUCUUCUCUGUGGACAUACUGCAGUGAACCUGUCAAGAACUUCUCGAAGGACGACAUCUGCGACGUUCCUUUUCCGUAUAUGCUCUUCCUUCCCGCCAAAAUAGCAACACUCGAUCAAAUUCUACAAGGUGCCUUCACUAUCAAGGACUAUGCUGUUCACUGUUUGAAGCUCAGAGCUGGUUCAAGAUACCUUUGGCAAGAUUACUCAUCCAGAACAGAUGUAUCCGAGUUUCUUUUAUCUGCUGCUCACUCACUGUUCCAGCAGAUCAUAUUUGCACACAAGAAAUCUUUCGAUCCUGAAAUAUUUGGAAACAUCGAGUCAUUAUUCCGAUCCUUUCAGGCGGGUCAGGUUAAGGAAGGAGACUUACAAGUACUAAGCGAGCUAAUUUUAAAAUCAGGCCACAGUAGAUUGACGUCUUUGGUGGAUAAAUUUAUCCAACCAAUUCUGAUGGAGCUCUAUAGUCAGCGCUCAUCUCAUGGUUUCCUAUUAAAUCUUGGCCGUGCUUGGUUGCACCUUGGGGGUUUGCGUUUCCAUCUAUUACUCUCAUCUGGUGAUCUCGAUCCAGCCAUUAAAUAUUCUUUCAAACAUUCCCAGUUAGUGGAAAAGAUAUCCAUGCUUGAACUUGAAAUAAAGGUUCGGCAAGAAUGUGAACAUUUAGCAGGGAGCAGCUCAACGAGAGAUGAUGAGCAACAAAGUGCAGUAUCACUUGAAGCGCUUGAAGAUGAAGUGAGAUGCCUAAAAAGAAAGGUUGUAUUUCGUGAGGAUCCUGCUGAAUUUACCAAGUUGAAAUCAGAGUGUGCUGAUUUCUUAGAAUUGGUUAGAUCUGCUUUGCUGCAAAAGAAUCUUGAAGAAAUGGAUCCACAGCAAAUGAAUAAUCAAGCUUGCAACUGGCAGGAGACUGCAACCAGCUUUAUCAACCGGUUAUCGGAUGAAUAUGCUUCUUAUAUUGAUAUAAUUCAACCAAUUCAAGUAGCCGUAUUCGAAAUGAAGCUAGGUUUGUCGCUGGUUGUCUCAAGUGCUUUGCAGAAAUCAUUCUUAAAAAAGAUUGAGGAAGACAGCAUUUAUCAAGUUCUGCAAACUAUCCAAUCUUUCACGCAAUUCCCUAGAGAUUGUGCAGCUAUAUCCGUUCCUACUGCAGUCAAUAUAGCUGAUGUCGAUCUUGCAUCCUCUUAUCACGGUGUUUCUGGUAACCCUUCACCAAUGGAUGUUCCUCUAUUGAAAAAGCUCCUGGGUGUUGUAAAGAAAGAAUCAUUGCUGCAAUUGCCCGCUUCUCUUUACCAUACUCUUCUUGCUCGACAAGCACAUGAUGUCAUCAAUUCGAUGCUCAUUGAUACCAAGUGUUUUGAGUUCCUUAGCUAUAUAUUCAAUCAGUUUUCAAAGUUGUGGCUGAGCAUGAAAGACCAAACCAAAGAGAGACAAGAGGAUGAGGCUCAUAACUACAAAUUUAAGACUCGUCAAUUCAAGAUUGAAGACAUUUUGGAAGUCGAUGUAUCAUCUCUCAGGAAUUCUUUUACGGAUGAGACAUUAUCUAUGGAGUGGCAGGAGUUGUUGAAAGAGGAGGAAUCCACAGAAUGGGCACUUCCGAAGGAGACUGAAAAUCUUGAGGAAGAAUGGAACCUGAUUCAGGAUUCCGUUAAGAAAAUGGUCUACGUGCAUAAUCAGUUCUUUGGUUCAAGUGAUCUUGUUGAGCGACCUGGAGUAGUGCAGAUCUCUGAUGCCGAAAAGCUAUCUUCCUUCCUCGAUUCUUAUAAGCUGGGAAUGGUGAUGGUUAAAGAACUAAAGGGUAUACUGGCCUCCAGCAUGGAUGAAAACCUUAUGCCAGAACACUUGCUCCAUUUGUGCUUGGACAGUGAAGCAAAAUUUGGAUGCUCUCAGCCUACUGCUUACAAUUUUUACAAGGAUUCUAAUGCUGCUUCUAUGGCAAGCAUGGUCGAGCCCCUCAGAAAUCUUCAGCAAAGGGUUUUGUCUCUUUUGAAUGAGUGGCCGGAUCAUCCAGGGCUUCAAAAGAUAUUGGAUGUUACUGAGAUGUUGUUGGCUAUACCACUGAAUACUCCUCUGGCUAAGUCCCUUGCAGCAUUACAAUUUUUACUCAGUAAUGGCCAGAUGUUGGAGGAGAACGCACCAAAAUUCUCGCUCUCCAUUCAACUCCAGCCAAUUCGUUCAGUGGCAUCUUCAUGGCAGAAGAUGGAGCUUGAUUCUUGGCCAGCUUUGCUUGAUGCAGUUCAGGAACAGUAUGAGAUGAAUUCUGGAAAGUUAUGGAUUCCAUUAUACUGUGUUCUUCAUCGUGUCCAAACAUCCGAUGCUUCUGUAGAUAGUCUAUCUACAAUUCAUAGCUUAGAAGAACUUAUACAGACUUCAAGCGUUGGGGAAUUUAAGAUGCGCCUUCAGCUUCUUCUUGCUUUCCAUGGCCAGAUUGAUUGUGGUAUUCACUUGAAGUUAGAUCCAAGUCCUUUGUUGUCGGAAAAUCUGAAGAUUUUGUACAACGUAUUCGGCUAUUAUAUGCAAUUCUUGCCAUUGGUUAAUGAACACUUAGAAACUCAUAGAAAAAACAUUGUGGGUCAGUUGAAAGAACAUUUGAAGCUUUGUAAAUGGGAGCAUGUAUCAAUAGAGACCUCCAAAAGAAUUCGCCUGAAAACCAAGAGGAUAAUCCAGAAAUUCAAUAUUUUGCUGCAACAACCAGUAAUGGUUAUCAUUAACCAGGAAGUAACUAGGAAAGGGAUCACAAUUCCAUCUAUGUCUGGACCGAAUAACUCAAACACAAACUCUGAUACCAGUGUGGGAAUGGUGGUGCCAGUUUCCAUGGACAUGGAACUGUUCAAUUUCGAAAAAAGGCUAGACGAAUGGGGAGAAGAAGUUCGUUCUGCUUUUAAAAGCUUGUAUCCGGGAAAAACACUUGGGUUUAUUGUAGACCGAGAACAAGCGAAGAAUUUAUGGCUAUCACUAGAAAAUAUUUGCGAAACUGCAACAGCUUGUGCAGAUCUCUGGAAGGAUGAAACCAAGAAUUUUGGAAAGAGGAGGGCACUUUCUGAUUUUCUUAAGUUAUUAGAGAAUUGUGGGCUAUCUCGGCGCAAGUCUGUUUUGUCUGAGGAUGCUGAGCUCAAUGCUAACCAGCCAAAUAGCUGGUCUCUCCAGCCAUCAUAUGAUGUUGCGCACUUGCUCUCAAAUUUAGCUUCUGAAUCAAAUUGGGAAACAGCAAACAAAUACUACUACAAAAGCUUGUCAAUGGUGCAGCUUGUACGUCAAAUUUGUUUAAAUUUCCACAAGGAUUUCAGCCUAGAGCAGGUUGGAAGAUCAGCCUCUUUCCUAGAUCACCUCAUCAUGAUUCAACAGGAACAGCGAUUUGUUGCUUAUGAUUUUGCUGAGCGUUUGAAACAGUUGAGAAAAUGUACAGCUUCCUUGAAUGAUUUACACAAGGAUCAUCACAAUGUUGUUUCUGAUGAAGUUAGUGAGUGUUCCCUUGCCCUUUACCAGAAUGCCACUUACAAGUGCAUGUGGCAACAAAAGCAUUUAUUUGAUAGUCUGUACACAAUGUCACAUGAAUCGUCUCUGUUGUUGAGAAAAGUUGAGGACUCCCAUUUGAAUGGUUGCUCAAUUGUCAAGGUUGAAUCCCACAAGAUUCUUGUUGUCAUUGAGAGGUUUAUGUCAGGUUUUAAGCAAUCAAAGGAAUCAUUGGACCAGUAUCUUCUCAGUGGUAAUCGGACAGUGACGACACCAGAAUCUUGCGACACUCCCUUUAUAGUCUCGAAACAGAUGGAGCAGUUGGUUUUGCAAAAUUUUAAAGAAUUAAAUGAUGUUCAGAAGGAUAUACAGGUUCUAAAGGAGCAAGAUGGUGGUAGAAAGUCUGUUACACAGACGCUACUUGGGCGUUUUGAAGAUGUUCUUAACAAGGGCAAUUUGAUAAUGGAGGAAUAUCAUUCCUGUGUAGAUCCUGAGAACCAGUUGAUGUGUAUCGAUGAUGGUGGUUCUUUGGAGGCUAUUACCAAUCUUGAAUCUGCAUUUGCUGAGUCUGUCAAGAGAACUUUGGAGCUGAUUAAUGAGGCAGUUCAGAAGCUAGGUUCAGUUAGCGGUUCUAUUCUCUCUGAAGACUCGCCACAUGGAAACAUCACUUUGUGGAGAGUUUUGUUCGAGUCAUCCAUGGUGAAUCUACGAUUGGAUCUUAUAUGCGAAAAGCUUGGUGAAACGAUCAAACUUGGUGCUGAACUUAUAGACAAUGCUGGGGAGAAAAAGCCAAGUGUAUGCUCUCAAGUGCAGGCAAAUCUAAGGCAGUUUCAUGUGUUGAUUAAUCUACUCCUGAUGUUUGGUGAUGGAAUUUUACUCGAGUUCUUAGCCAUGCACCAAACAGUGGCAGAAAUGACUCACAUGCUAGCAAACGUGUUUGCUUCCCUAUAUUCUAAAGGGUUUGGUAUUCCACCUGGAGGAGAAGAUGAAAGUGGAUAUCAAUCUAAAGAGACACCUGGAAUUGGUUUGGGUGACGGUGAAGGUGAGAAGGAUGUGAGUGCAGAAAUAACCGAUGAAGAUCAAGUUCGAGGGACUCAAAACAAGGAUGAGGGACAAGAUAACUCGAAGGAUCUCCAGAAUAACAAUGACAAAGGGAUAGAGAUGCAAGAUGAUUUCAAGGGGGAUACCUGUGACGUUGAACCGGACUCUGAAGAAGAUGACAAAGAGGAUGACAAUGACGAAGAAGAAGAACCUGACAAGUCCAUGGGAGAUAUUGGAGAUAGUGGUGAAGUAGCUGAUGAAACUCUUGGGGAUAUAGAUGAUGAAGGUAAUCAAGAUAACAAACAAGAAAAGUAUGAAACUGGAUCACCUGUGAAAGAUCCAGAUUCAAGUACCAGGGAAUUAAGAGCCAAGGAAGAUAAUGCUGCUGCAGAUGACACCAAGAAUACGAAUGGUGAGGAGUCUGAUAAGCAGAAGAAUGACGGCGAAGAUGGAAAUGAUGAUCCCGAAGAAGGUGGUGAUACGGAGGAUCCCGUGGUGGAUAAAGACGAUUUAUAUGAUGAAUCCUCGGGAAUAGAUCCCACUAGUGAGAAGGAGAAUCAAGAGCCUGAGGAAGAUAUGAACCUGGAUGGACCGAAUGUUUCUGAUCCCGUGGAACCUGAUGGAGAGAAUGAUGAGAGUGGAGAGGAUGUGAGUGGUGAAGAUGGAAAAGGGAAUCCAGUCGAUGAAGAAGAUGUCAUGGAGGAAGAAACUGAAGAAGGGAGUAAAAAAGUAGAGACUGAUGAUAUGGAUGUUGAUGGAAGCCCAGAAAACGAUGUAACUGCACCAAGUAAACCUUCUGUCGGACAAACAAUGCCUGAUAUCAAUAAGGAUCAUGUGCCCAAUAACGAUUCUGCAACACGAAUUAAUGGAAACGCACAGGCAUUGGAUUCAAGCAAUGCUGCGCCGGAAGAGCAGUGGGCUAACAGUAGUGAUAUGCAGAAUGGUCUUGCUCCUUCAAGAAGUAUGCCUUCUAGUAAUGAUGCUCCACAGAUGGAGAUUACAGUGCCUGAUUCAACAGAUGAUGGGAAGUUAACAGAUGAUCAACCAAAUCCUCAGUCAAAGACGAAUGAACCUGAUAAGUCAUCUGCUCAAAGAACAAAUCCAAACCCCUACCGCAGUGUUGCGGAUACAAUGGAAGAUUGGAAAGAAAGAGUGAAGGUAUCUGUUGAUUCAGAGGAGAAGGAUGGAAAAGAGGGGACUGAUGAUAAGGAGGCUCAUAAUGCUGACGAAUAUGGAUUUGUUUCUGAGCCGGAAAGAGGAACUUCUGAGGCAUUAGGACCAGCUACUUCUGAUCAGAUGGACAAGAAUAUCAAGGGGAAUGAACCCGAGGGAGGUGAAGUUGAAGAUCAUACUAAAGAGAACACAAGCGAAAAAAUGGAGGUUGAGGAACAGGAAUCGCAGAUACAGCCUGUUCAAAAUUAUAGUGGUUCCACGCCUAAACAGAAAAUCGAUGAGAGAAAAGAAAAACCAAUGCUUGUCAGUGAUGUGGCUGAGGAGGUUGGAUCACCUAAACGUGAUGAUGGUGAUCGUAGUAAUAUGCCAAUGGAUUUGGUCUCCAUUAAUAGGUCUUAUAAUGAUGACAGCUUGCCGCAAAUCAGUAACCUAAGAGUUGAUGAUGAUGAAGACUUGGGAAAAGCGAAGGCCCUUGAUGACGUAUCUGGUGAUACAAGGGAGAACGCCUCUAAACUGUGGAGGGAAUAUGAGCUAAGCACGACAAGGCUUUCACAGGAGUUGGCUGAGCAACUACGUUUAGUCAUGGAACCUACUGUAGCCAGCAAGCUCCAAGGAGACUACAAGACUGGAAAGCGGAUUAACAUGAAGAAGGUAAUUCCGUACAUAGCAAGCCAUUACCGAAAAGAUAAGAUCUGGUUAAGGCGCACACGGCCCAACAAGCGUGAUUACCAAGUGAUAAUUGCAGUUGAUGACUCCAGGAGUAUGGCCGAGAGCAAUUGUGGUAAUGCUGCAAUUGAAGCUUUGGUUACAGUAUGCCGUGCCAUGUCACAACUUGAUGUGGGGCAGUUGGCUGUUGCAAGCUUUGGCAAGAUGGGCAACAUAAAGCUACUCCACGACUUUGAUCAGCCAUUUACUGGAGAAAGUGGUAUCCAGAUGAUUUCGAACUUGACGUUCAAGCAAGAAAACACCUUUAAAGAUGGACCAGUUGUCGAUCUUUUGAAGUUCUUGAACAACAAGCUGGAUGCAGCGGUGGCUAAUUCCCGACUCCCAUCUGGUCAGAACUCUCUCCAACAACUCAUCUUAAUCAUAUCGGAUGGUCGAUUAAGUGAACAGGAGACACUAAAGCGGCGUGUACGAGAUAUCUUGAACAAGAAAAGAAUGGUUGCCUUUUUGAUAAUCGACAGCGCAGAAGAAUCCAUUUUCGACUCCACUGCAGCUUCAUUUGAUAAGGAAAUGAACUGCACUAUCACAAAGUAUCUGGAUUUGUUCCCCUUCCCAUUCUACAUUGUUUUGGAGAACAUGGCAGCCCUUCCCAGUACUCUUGCUGAUCUGAUUAGACAGUGGUUCGAACUUAUGCAAAAUACGAGGGAUUAGACGUGCCUUCAAUAUUUUUUGGCGUAGAUGCAUGGAUUAGACGUGCCUUCAAUAUUUUUUGGCGUAGAUGCAUCUGAUCGGCAUACACUUCUUUAUGCUGGAUUGGUAGUGAAGUUUUUGGUUGUAAAAUUACUAGUAAUUUACAUUUCAAGUCAGUGUAUAAUUGUACAGCCGCAAUUUGUACUCUGAUAAAUUUAUAUACAUAUAUAGAAGUUCUAUGCCAGUUCAAUAUCUUUA